AUGGCCCUUUUGACCGAGGAACAGGAAAAACAAAUAGACUCCACAGUAUGGGCACAGGAAGACAAUCAAGGGGGGAUUGCAGAUUCCCCCUCUCAAGAUCAGCUUGAAACAGGUGGGGGAGACGGGAUUGAGGGUCUCGAGGACGUAGCUCCCUCGGAACCAGAACAGGACUGCCUUGACAUCAUAGAAUAUCAGACUAAAGUAAGAAUGGACCUCAGGGACAUCCCUCUCCACACAGGGGCCAGACUGUUCGUUGAUGGGUCCUCCAGAGUAAUUGAAGGCAAAAGACACAACAGAUCUGUGGUAGUGGACGGAACAGAGGGGAGCGUAGUCGAGGCUAGUAGGCUGCACAAUGACUGGUCGGCACAGACUUGCGAACUCUAUGCGCUAGAACGCGCUCUUAAGGUCCUAGAGGGGAAGGAAGGAACUGUCUACACAGAUUCUAGGAAGGUGGGAUCGAGUCAGACUGUCUGGAUGGAGAAACAAGGAGGGGCAGUAGCUCAGGGAGAGUUUGACAAAGGCAAACACAGCCCAAAGAAACCAAAGGGUCAAGAAGAGUCAGCUCAUUCUGAAUCUCACAUUGUUGCUGCUGAGGAGGAAGACGGAAUCCCAAUUUCCACAUCAGGGCUACUGCAGGUGGUAGAGAGAAGGCAGCCUCUCAACAGCGUCUCGUCUCUCGAGGUACACUUUGACCUCAUGGAUCUGACUGAACUCACAGACAUGUCUGAUCAGGAACUUGCAGAGGUGUUUGCCGAUUCUGAUGACGAGAAUCCAUCACGUGAUUCAUCUACAGAACUGAGCCAACCAUUGAUGUAUCCAAUCAUCUCAUGUGGAACACAUUUAAAAUCUCCUUCAUGGACAAGAGCCAAGAGUGAGCAGAGCAAGGACAGGAAGCACCCAAGUGAUCCAGAUGUUCCAUUGGAGAUGUCAGAUCAUUUUCACACAAUUGAAACACACAAAAAACACUAA